AAAAUCAAACCCUGGCGUGAGCAGAAUUCAUACAAAGGCAGACUGGGGUUGAAAAUGUUGCAAUGAAGAAUGUAGAAUGAGAUGAGAUCACAGCAUCAGUCUCUCCUUUGUGGACGUGGACAAUGAUCACAGAGCCAGAUGGGAUUAGUGAAACCUAUUUACCAGAAGUUCAGAGCAGUUGCAUGAAGCCGAUAGGCAGCCAGGAGGGAGAGGUGAAAAAUGCACCAGAUUUACAGUUGCAGUGAUGAAAAUUUAGAAGUCUUCACUGUGAUUUCUUCCAAAUCAUGUAGCCCAGUCAGAAGAAAAGCCAAAAGUACUCAAUGCAUCCUGCCGAAAAAGGUGGUAGCAGUGUCUGACUAUCAUCUUCAGGGGACAGAGGAGCUGCUGUCACACCAAGGUGAUCUCAUUCAAGUCUUCUGCAAAGAUGAAGAAGGGCAGGGAUUCAGUCAUGUGCAGAACAGGCAGCAAGGAUUCUUCCCUAGUCCCUCCAAAUGUUCGGCAAGACACACUGGAAUUUCUAAACAAAGGUCAUUCUGCUAUAGCAGUAGCCUGCCGGAUGCAAAGACUUUGCCUCAGGGAUCCCCAGUCUCCCAUCACAAUGCAAGAUGGAUUGCGGCCACAGAACCAGCCAUGAGGGAUAGUGUAUUUGCAGAUGAGCACAGAAGGUCCUUGCAGAAAAGUACUGAAGAUGACAUAAGCCCAACUCAAGGAACGGAGGAGGCCUCUUUACCUCUAACGGGCAGCAUUUUGCAUGGAACACCAAGCCUCCUGCGGAAAAUAUGGAUGAAACAUAAAAAGAAGUCGGAAUAUUUGGGGGCCACAAACAGUGCCUUUGAGGCAGACUGACAACCCUCAGCCUUGCUUGUGCAAGCAGAGGUGUCUCCAACAAAGUACAGAACGCUGUCACAUUUACCUGAUAGCAGAUGUAGUGUGGCACACACUUAUCCCAAAAAACAAAACAAAACUUCUACAGAAUCCACGGGGGACGGGGUGGGCGAGUUUAAAGACUGCAUCCUAUGCAAACAAUUCAGCUCAUAUAUUUUGCACAUGCUUCUGAUAUGCUUCUUGUUAACAGAUUCAACUGUGAUCAUUGCAUCAACCCAGCAUUUCUUAUUCUGUCCUGGUUCAUCUGGAUUUGUUGGGAAAGGCCAAGAGAAAUUACUGUAUCCUCAACAGACCUCAUGUCAACGACACUGUGCCAUUUAAAGUACAGU